AUGUCUCACAUUAUUGAUGAAGAUGAAAUCUACACGUAUGGAAUCUUAAUGGAAAAAGACUUGGAAGAAUCGGUUAGACUUAUUGCACAUACUUUUACUAAAUACAAUCCAAUUGAAGCCUACUUGAAAACUACCUACGAACAAUUCUAUUCCUAUGCAUUAGCAAUCGCAAAAGCUACUUUAGAAGAUCAACUCUCCAUCAUAGCAGUACAUAAACAAACGAAGGAAAUUCAUGGACUUGCCACGAAACUUCAGCAGAUUCUGCUCAUUUAUUGUCGCCAACGUGGAUUUAAACAAGUAUUUGUUGAAGUUGCAAAUCCAGCUACAUAUCAUAUUUACACAAAGAAAUUGAAAGGAAAAGAAUUUACAUCAAUUUCUUUACCAACAUUUAUAUCGAGUGAUGGUCGAAGACCAUUUGAAGAUUAUAAUGGAGAACUACAACUGAUUGUUUUUUAUCUACAGUAA